CCCCGCCGUUCUCAUGGAGGAAGCUAUGGCUAUUCACGGGCCCGGGCUUUCUCAUGAGCAUAGCGUUCUUGGACCCAGGGAACCUGGAAGGAGACCUGCAGGCCGGUGCCAUUGCGGGGUACUCGCUGCUGUGGCUGCUCAUGUGGGCCACAGCCAUGGGCCUGCUGAUCCAGCUGCUGUCGGCCCGGCUCGGCGUGGCAACGGGCAGGCACCUCGCGGAGCUUUGUCGGGAGGAGUACCCGACGUGGGCUCGGAACGUGCUGUGGGUUAUGGCUGAGGUGGCACUUAUUGGUUCUGAUAUUCAGGAGGUUAUUGGUAGUGCUAUUGCUAUAAGGAUCCUUAGUAAUGGCUUUGUGCCUCUUUGGGCUGGAGUCACCAUAACUGCUCUUGAUUGUUUUGUUUUUCUUCUUCUGGAGAAUUAUGGUGUGCGGAAACUGGAAGCUGUUUUUGCUGUUCUCAUUGCGAUAAUGGCGGUUGCCUUUGCAUGGAUGUUUGGUGAAACAAAGCCCAGUGGCAAGGAGUUGCUUCUUGGUAUUUUGAUUCCGAAGCUUAGCUCUAGAACUAUACAGCAGGCUGUUGGAGUUGUGGGCUGCAUUAUUAUGCCUCAUAAUGUGUUCUUGCACUCUGCGCUUGUUCAAUCAAGGAGGGUUGAUCACCGGAAUAAAGGCCGAGUUCAAGAAGCUCUUAAUUAUUACUCAAUAGAGUCCACCAUGGCCCUUAUAGUCUCCUUUGUUAUUAAUAUAUUUGUCACAACCGUUUUUGCUAAGGGGUUUUAUGGUACGGAACUAGCAAACAACAUUGGUCUUGUAAAUGCAGGACAGUAUCUUCAGGAGAAGUAUGGGGGUGGACUAUUUCCAAUACUGUAUAUAUGGGGUAUUGGGUUAUUAGCAGCAGGACAAAGUAGCACUCUUACGGGUACCUAUGCAGGUCAAUUUAUCAUGGGGGGUUUCCUAAAUUUAAGGUUGAAAAAAUGGAUGAGAGCACUAAUUACACGAAGCUUUGCAAUUAUUCCAACUAUGAUAGUUGCUCUUAUUUUCGACACCUCUGAGCAAUCGUUAGAUGUUCUGAAUGAGUGGCUUAAUGUUCUUCAGUCAGUUCAAAUCCCCUUUGCACUUAUUCCCUUGCUUUGUUUGGUGUCAAAGGAGCAGAUAAUGGGAAGUUUCAGAAUUGGCCCCGUCCUCAAGGAUGGACUGAUGGAGGUAAUUCAGAAGCAGCUACUUGGUUUUUUCUGUCCUGCAGUUUAGGCAACCGACAAGUUAGAACUGAUGUGAAUCCUUAGUCUCCUUUGCAAUAAAGAAUUUAGAGUCUGCUUCUGACGAAACUAACGGAAGCACAAUUUUACUAUCCUGUCUUGAGAAAUUAAAGGGGAGGUGUUGUGUGUCUAGAGAACCAGUUUCACUACUCUAAAAUGCCAAACUCAAUAUUAUUUAUACUUGUUAUUUAUUUAUUUAUUUAUUUUCAUCAUGGUGUGUUCAAUAUCUUAUAUUAUGCAAUUCAGUUUAUUGGAUAAUCCCGCAGUUGGAAAUUGCAUGAAAUUCCAUAAUUGGCAUGAGUCAUAUGCCAAACAUCUAGAAUGUUGUUUGUGUUAUCUUGUAGAUGAAAUUGUACUUUUAUGCUCACUUAAUUGAAGUUUGUGUCAGUUGCCUGAA